UUGCUCCAUUAAUUCACGCUGCCUUAUUUAAUAAUCCUUUUGGGGAAUCGGCAUUUAUCACCACUUUUGAACGCCAAAGUAACGCAAGUGCAGAUAGGAGAGGAGAUGGGAAAAUGGGGAGGCGACCCGACAUUAUGUUUGUAAGUAAGGAGGAUGAAUUAAUGUAUGCGGAAUGUUCUCGAAUUGUUUAUACUAAGCAAAAGAGAGAUGAUGAUGAUGUGAAGUUACGGCGCGAAGUUAAUGACGGGAUGUUCUGGGCACAUAAAAGUCGCAGAUUGGAAAAGGGACAAUUUGGUAUUAUGGGAAUACAGUUAACAUGUCAAUAUUACGCAGUUCUCGCUUACGAAGAUCAAGUAGAAAUUUGGUGGCAUUUUGGGACUGUGCAAAAACGUAGUAGUCGACCUACUGGGUGUAAUGCUCCAGGCAUUCCAGCAUAUCAGAUCAACAUUCCAAUAAGUGACGUAUUUUAUGACCCACCUAUUCCAGCUAUCAGAUAUGUUCCACUGGUUUCUCAUCCUGCAAUUCCUGAUGGUAACUUUAUCAUUGAUCUUUACGAAAUUCAGCAAAUAAUUUUGAAACGUCAGCCAAGAUAA